AUGUCUACGCCAUCUAGCCCCGUCACGCCGAAGGAGGAGCAAUCUGGCGGGGCAAAUCGGCCUGAAAAACGUGCAAUCUCUGAGAUCAUCUCGGAUACGUUCCCGCCAUUCGACCAUCGUUCCGUGAUCGUUGAGCCUUUCGACAGUGAGGUGAAACGGGACGCCGAGUUCCUCGAAAAGCUCAACGACAUGCUCCUCGAAGUCAUGCUCGAAUUCCACGCGUGGUCGACCGCACGUCCUAGCUUCGAGAGUGACCGCGCCGCUGAUGCUUUGGAGAAGGAGGUGAAGACCGUGAUGGACAUGGAGAAAGAACAAGGCAUGUGUCGUCAUCCGCAGUCGUCCCUCAUCGAGAAGACGCGUCAACGACUCAGCGAUUUCGUCACUCGUAUCAAGCUCGCCCUUGCUGCUCUUACUGAAAUCUCUGGUUGACUGACUGACGACUACUAUGUUCGCUAUCGAUUUUGCAACGUUGUCUCCCAUCAAGCUGUCUCUGCCUGUAUACCCGUACACUGUAUACCAAAGAAAUGAUAGCUUUACCUGAAUACCCUGCCUGUAUUCUUACAUGCAAUUCGCCAUUACAGUUCCCUUACGUUUGCAACAAGUGUAGAAUACCGCUACAUCGUGCAACCGCAACCCAGAUUUCGCUAGCGCGCGACGAUCACGAGCAGAUCUUAGCAAUUGUACUUAGGCAAUGAUCCUCGAACGUUAAUUAUCUCGGCCCCUUGUCGAC